CUCGCGGCCAUCUGGGUUCAGGGACGAAAAGUACCCGGGACCCGAACCACUGCGGAGUUUGGCGAGCGCGAGGGGAGUUCAGACGGGGGCAGGAGUUUCAAUACUCUAACAAGUUGUGUCGUUGUUGUGUGUUGUUGUUUACGCUUUUAUGAAAUGAUCGAACCACCGAUUGAUCCUCUGAAGACUGAUCCAGAGACUACUGAAGAAGAGGUCUCGAGGCCCGAAAAUUAUCCUGCAUCUAGUACCGCAGAGUUCAGCCAUGAAGAACUAGUGAAACUGACUAAGGAGGCAAUUAACAAGAUCAUCGAGAGCGAUCCAUUGUUUGUAGGAAUUCCAGCAGAUGCUACUGUUGAAGAAAUCAAGUCUCAGUCGGCAGUUGCUCGAGGUCAAGCAAUAACGCUUUACUUGAACAGGGGAGAGCUGCCCAGGCUCUCUGUUGUGGUUCCACCUCAUGAUACGACAGUUCUUGACUUGAAAAAAGCAAUAAAACGACACACAAUAUUAGCUCUCAAGCGAGAAAAAGUCAAGAGAAAAAUCAGCUGGAAACACGUAUGGAAAAAGUACAACAUCUGCUUUGGGAACACCCAAUUGAUCAAUGAUGAUGAAGACAUAAGGAACUAUGGAGUAACUAACAAAGUCGAACUAUAUUAUGCCAAAAAGAGAAGAGAAAAGAAUAAAGGAGUUAAAACUUAGGUAUACAAUAUACAAUAUGCUCAUCUAAACAAACAUUAUAUCAAUACCAGAACUUGUUCAUACAUGAACUACAUGAUUGUUCUGAGUUUCGGAUACUAUCA